CACUUCGGCGGGCAGGGGUCCUCGCGGCCCCAGCGGCGCGGGCUCGGGGUGGGCGGCGCCGGGCGUGGGCGGCGGGCCAGGCCACCCCUCCGCGCGUCCUCUCCCCGGAGGCGGAGGGAAGCGGACCGGCCGCAGCCCCGACGUCGCCGCCCGCGGUGGGAAGCGCCUUAAAAGCCGCUGCCCGGCCCCCGCCCGGUUCUCGCCAGGCUGUCUCGGGAGUGUGCGCGGAGGCCGGGGCCUGGCCGCCGACCGACUUCCGACGGACCCCGAUCCCGGGCGGCCCCCAGACCGGCCGACCUCGGCUUCGGAAAGACCGGGACGGACCCCGGUCGGCUCCAGGCACACCCGGCUGGCCCGGACGCGCCCCCUGCCGGCGGGCAGCGGGCCGAGGGCGCCGGCGGCGGGGGCAUGCGUGGCCCGCGGUAUGGCCUCGGCGGUGUUUGAGGGCACCUCGCUCGUGAACAUGUUCGUGCGCGGCUGCUGGGUGAACGGCAUCCGCAGGCUCAUCGUCAGCCGGCGCGGGGACGAGGAGGAGUUCUUCGAGAUCCGCACCGAGUGGUCGGACCGCAGCGUGCUCUACCUGCACCGCAGCUUCGCCGACCUGGGCCGCCUGUGGAAGCGCCUCCGGGACGCGUUCCCCGAGGACCGGCCGGAGCUGGCGCGCGCGCCGCUGCGCCAAGGACUGGUAGCCAUAAAGGACGCCCAUGAUAUAGAGACCAGGCUGAACGAGGUGGAGAAGUUGCUGAAGACCAUCAUAAGCAUGCCAUGUAAGUAUUCUAGGUCAGAAGUCGUGCUCACCUUCUUUGAAAGAUCUCCUCUGGAUCAGGUGCUAAAAAAUGACAGUGUACAUAAAAUUCAACCCAGCUUUCAAAGUCCAGUGAAAAUAUCAGAGAUCAUGAGGUCCAACGGAUUUUGUUUAGCAAAUACAGAAACUAUCGUUAUCGACCACAGUAUACCGAACGGAAACGAGCAGCACCUGGGUGUGGAUCCGACAGAGCAUUUGUUUGAGAACGGCAGUGAGUUCACCUCCGAGCUGGAGGACGGCGAUGACCCAGCAGCUUAUGACACCAACCUGUCCUAUUACCACCUGGUCCCCUUUGAGACGGACAUUUUGGACUGAGUCUGCAUGGGCCCUCCUCCUCAGCCCUCAGCUGCUGGUUCUGCUGCUGUUCACCGGGCCCUGUCUAUCCCACCAGGGCCCCGUGCCUGCACUGACUGAGCACGGCUCUGCUGCCAGGCCCCGCUCAGCAGCCCGCGCCCGAGGCCUGGUGUUCUGUGCGUGGGUAGGGGCGGUUCUGGGUUAGCACCGACCCCACGAUCUCCACCAACCAGGAGUCAGGCCUGGGAGUCCACGACGCCUGCUGCUGCGGAAGGGCCUCUGCCACCGCACACCCCGGCCUGUUUCUGCAUUCCUAGGACUCGCCCCCCGUGUGGAGGAGCCACAAGUGCCUGCAAGACAUCACGAUGCAAGGGGACCGCCCAGGGCCUUGCUGGGUUCCUCCUCGCCUGUGACCGCUUCCUGGGAGGAGCCUCCUCCUGGUGCAGGGCCAGGGCCAGGCGCCCCUCCCUCCUGCCGUCCCCAGCACGACAAGCACACAGAACAAUCCACGUGAGCCCUCGCUGAGCCCCACGUUCUGGGCGACAUAGGCAGGGCGUCCGAAGUAACCAGCCUUUUCCUGAGAAGCAGGAUGUGUGGCCUCUGUUUGUCUUCAUCUUCUGUCUGGAAACUGAGGGCUGGCUUUGUGUCCGCCACAGUGGGUGUUUACAGACGGGGAAUUGUGGGUGCGGACAGGAACGGGGCUGAGUUAGUUAGUGAUUCUCCUCAACAGGAAGAGAACCUUGCCUGGCCUGCCAGCAUCUCUUCAGGGUCACGGUGCUGUGGCCACCUGGGCCCCCGAGCUUUGUCUCUCCUGGUUCCCAGCUCCCCACCCUGGAACUGCCAUGUAACGUGAAGGAAGGGAGUGAGAGGAAAGCCACACACUCAGUUUGCCUGUUCCCCUCUGCCCUCAGGGAGGGUCUGGGGUCUGUGUGCUUAUCUCCUUUAUUUCUUCACAGUGUCUACUAAGGACCAACAUUUGCUAAUGUAAAUAUUAAUAAAUUAUUGAAGUCCUAAUUAUUUUACACAGUCUGUUUUUAAAUCUAUUUUAAUGAAAUAAAAUAUAUUACUCUCCUUUUA